CGCUAUUUAUCAUGACCGACGCCUAAUAUUAUUAUAACAAAAUAUAAAAAUCGAUGAUUGAUUAAUUAUUUGAUCGUUUGGGCGAGUAUUGUGGUGGUCGUCAUUUGGUUUUCUCAAUACAACAAAAACAACAAAGAGAUGUUGAUGUUGAUGAUAAUGUUGAUGAUGAUGAAUCCAUUUAAGUGAAUAUACAAAUAUCGAACAGAAAAGAACAAAGUAAAAAAAAACAAAUGUUUGUAAGAAAGUGAAUGAGAGACACACAGUGGACAGUGUGGACAGAGACGAUCAGAAUCUUUUUUGUGUUUCGAAUGAAAUCAGUAUACAAAGAUUUGUUCCAUGAUUUUCAAACAUCAUCAUCAUCACCAUCAUCACCAUCUUAUAUAUGAAUGAACACAAACAAAACAAAGAUUUGAAUGUUUGAAGACAAACAUUGUUGGCAUACAUACAUUCAUUUAAUCAAAUAUAAUUUUGACCAUCUUGUGGCGAUGAUGAUGGUGAUGGUGAUGGUGGUGGCCGCCAAUCGAUAUUGAAAAAAAAACAAAACAAAACAAAACAAAAUCUUCUUUCCUGACCAUUGUCAAAUGUAAACUUUCCCAUUCUUAUCAUCAUCAUCAUCAUCAUCAUUCGAUAAUUAUCAUAAUUGUGAAUUAUUUUUUUAUUUGCCGUUAUUUUUCGAACAUGGUGAUUAAUAUUUGAAUUUUUGUUGUUGUUGUUGUUGUUGUUGUGAUUUAUCGUUUUUGUUUCUGUUUUUUUUUAAAUUCUUCAUCAAGAUGGCAAAAUUUAAUUUUGUUGCCAUUUUUGUGAUUUUUAUCCUAAAUUCUUACCAUCAUUCAUGUAGUGAAGAAUAUUUAUGGCAACCAUUGUUAAAUAUUUCAGAUGAUUUAUUUGCCAAAGCUAUUCUGCCUCAUUAUAUUGAUCUGAAUCAUGAUAUUAUUGAUAAUCAUAAUAUAAGCCAAGAAUGUCGUACAGAUAUUAAUCGUGCAUUGAUUGCUUUUCAUCAACGAAAAACGUGGUCAUUUAAAUUAUUCAAUUCAUGGGCACGUUCAUUACCAUCCGGUUUGAUGACUGGUACAUUUACUGAUUAUGGUGAUUAUGAUCAAUGUUUAUCCAUUGAUCAUACAGAUAUUGUAUCAAAAUAUUGUUUCUUAGAUUUAGCUUUACCAAUGCCAACACCAAUGCCUGAUCAUCAUAAUAUUGUUAAAAAUUUCCCUGUUAUACCAUUGCCAAAUGAAACAAAUCGUCCAGAUUUGGUUUCCAAUGGAGCCAUUUUUCAUGAUCUGGCCAGUGUAUCAUCAUUUUUCUAUCAUAUUUUCAUACGUAUGGGUAUUUGUAUACCUAAUUCCUGUACCGAUAUGGAUAUUCAUAAUGUUAUCAAAAAUAAUCACCUUGGAGAAACGGGUCUUGAAUUUCAUUUAUCAACAUGUACGAUAAAAUCGACAGAAAAAUGGACACCUAAUUUACCUCAAAAAAUAGCAUUAAUAACCAUAAUCAUAUUAUCAGCUAUUACCAUAUGGGCAGCAAUCUAUGAUCGAUUAGUAAUGAAAAAAAGUGAUUCAAUAUCCGAAACAGUAUUGUUAUGGUUUUCACCAAUCAAAAAUGCAGCCAAACUUGUAUCGACAAAAACCUCGAAACAUGAUGAUCUAGCCUGUGUUCAUGGAAUACGUUUCCUGACACUUGUAUGGAUCAUAAUUGGCCAUACACUUGAAUGGAAUCCGAUGAAUUUAUUUCGACAUUCAUUCAUAAUGAAAUCACGACUAUCAUCACUUUCACAUCAACCAUUAUUCAAAGCACAUUAUUCAGUUGAUACAUUUUUCUAUCUAAGUGGACUAUUAACAUCUUAUGUUACAUUUAAAUAUACACAAAAUGAUUAUCGAAAAUUCCGUUAUAUUCCAUACACAUUUUUACGUUAUCUUCGAUUAACACCACAAUUGAUAGCAUUCAUGUUAUUAUUGAGCCUAUUACCACCAUUAUAUGAUGGUCCAUUAUGGUCAACCUAUAUGAAUAUUGUCAUUGAUAAAUGUUCGAUAACAUGGUGGCAUAAUCUUCUCUAUGUACAGAAUAUAAUCGAUGUUCAAAAUAUUUGCGCUCUUCAUACAUGGUAUUUGGCUGCCGAUAUGCAACUACAUUAUAUGUCAGUUAUUUUAAUUGGAAUGUUAUUAAGAUAUCCAAGACGAGGUAUGCUCGUCACCAAAUGUGUCAUACUAGUCUGUAUUUGUAUCAGUGCAUUAACUGUUUUCAUUAAGAAACAUCCACCCGGUGGUGUAGUUACGAUUAAAAAUGAUUUUCUCGAUGAAUUUGGUCGACCAAGUGAAUUUUUAAAAUUUUUCUAUCAACCAUGGAAUCAUGCAAAUGUAUUUUUUAUUGGUUUCAUUUUUGGUGCCAAACUACAUGAACGUUCGGAUUGGCGUCAAAUGGUGACAAUGAAAACUAGUACAAAAUAUCUAUGCUGGUUAUUAGCUUUUUCUGGUUAUCUAUUCUGCAUUUAUAGUACAUCACCAUGGCUUUAUGGUCGGCCAUAUGAUCCAUUUUGGUCGGCUAUUCUUUAUCCAUUGAAUCGUACGAUAUGGGCAUUGGUAUUAACAUUAAUAAUUUGGCUUUGUAUCACUAAUAAUGGUACAUUUAUUGGCAGUAUUCUUUCAUGGAAAGUAUUUCGUCCAUUAUCACGUAUGACAUAUUCAGUAUAUCUAACACAUGUUCUCGUAUUCUAUGUUGCUCUUGGAUCAAGACGUAAUCUUAUUGAUAUGCGUAUGACGGCCAUAUUUUCUUUGUUAACAUCAUCGAUUGUCAUUUCAUAUUUAUUUGGUUUCAUUUUUACCGUAUUGGUUGAAAGUCCACUAAUACAUUUUCUUGAUUAUCUUAAAAAUUGUUGGUUAAUUAAUCAGCCAAUAAUGAAUUCAGAAAAAACAACAACAAAAAAUGAUAAUAAUGAUAAUGAAACAAAUGAGAAAAAAUUCAAUCUACCAGAAUUCGAUAUGAAUGUAAAAGAAAAACAGCUGAUAUUGAAUUCAGAAUCGAAUGUAUGAUGUGAUAUAUCAUUGAACAUAUAUAUUGAUUGAAUGAAAUAGGAAUCACCAAAUGACAAAGAAAAUUGUAACAUUUGAUUAUUUCGAAUAAAAAAUUGAUUAAUUAAUUAAUUUUUUUUUUGUUAAAAACAUUUCAUCAACAACAACAACAAAAAGUUAAUUGAAUUAAAUUCAUAAUCAAUAAUCAUUAUAUUAAUAUAUCAUUGUCAAAUGAUCGAUUUAUUAAGAUUA